AUGUCUUCUGAUUCUGCAAAUGACCUUUCGAAAUGGAAACUGGAAGAAGUUAUUUCAAUUAUUAUAGUCUGUGUCAUCUUUCUUACACUGAGUGAUUGCUUCGGCAUAUUUAAGCGUAUGGUGUGUGGAAUUUGCCUUGGUAGAAACCAGGUUCAACGGCGACUUCUCGACGAGUCCAUUGCCGAUGAUCCUUCUCUGCAGCAGCUUCAGAGCCGUGGAUUGGAGUUCACUGUGGUGCAGUCUCUUCCCACGUUUCAGUUCAAGAAAAACGAGGGAGAACAAGAAAAGGCUGCAAUUAGCGUGGAGUGUGCCAUUUGCCUCGGAGAGUUUGAGGAAGGGGAGUGGCUGAAACACCUCCCACACUGCAGCCAUAGUUUCCAUGUUUCAUGCAUUGACACGUGGUUUCAGUCUCAUUCGAAUUGUCCUCUUUGUAGAUCAGUUGUUCAUCAUCACAUCCUUCAGUGUUCUGUAGCUUCUCACACAUUGCUUCAGCCUUUGAGGAGGGAAGACUUUGAAAGGGUUCAAUCCAUUCACUCUUAA